UCCGUUUGAAAUCAUUCAUCCACUACUCCAACCAUAGUGUAAAAGUUCAUCCUUCAUCCACCGACAUAAUGACAUCCCUUUCAAUCAAACCUCUCUUCAACCAAUUCAUUUCAUCUCUAGCCUUCUUCCUCCUUCUUGUCAUCAUCCUUGAUUUCAUUUGUUCAUCCACUGCUUCUGUUUCCUCUGUAACUUCUCCUUUCGUUUACACUGAUAAUAAGGUUAAGUUAGCAGAAGAAAGAAAGGAAGCAAAGGCACUUUUAAAAUGGAAAACCAACCUUCAAAGUAAAAGCCAUCCUUUCUUGCCAUCUUGGGCUGGAAGCAAUCCUUGCAAUUGGGUUGGAAUAAAUUGCGACAAGUUUGGAAGCGUUACCCAUCUAAACCUUUCAAGUUACAGUUUGAGAGGUACAUUUCACAAUCUAAGCUUUCAAACGUUCCCCAAUCUAGUCAGUGUUGACCUUUCUUCCAACUCACUAUUUGGAACCAUCCCCUCAAAUAUUGUUCACCUCUCUAAACUCUCGUUUCUAAACCUUUCUUAUAAUCAAUUCGUUGGGAGAAUUCCUUCCGAAAUAGGCCAAUUGACAAGUCUUCACAUCUUGCACCUCGCUGCAAAUCGUAUGAGUGGCCUUAUCCCUCAAGAAUUAGGAGGAUUAACUUCUUUGAAUGAACUUGAUUUAUCGUCAAAUAAUCUCACAGGUGUCAUCCCUGCUUCUCUUGGGAACUUAAGCAACCUAACCACUCUAUAUCUUCAUGCAAACCAAUUUUCUGGUUCCAUCUCUCAAGAAUUAGGAAUGCUAAGUUCUCUUAAUGACCUUAGGUUAUCAUUCAACAGUCUCACAGGUACUAUCCCUGUUUCUCUUGGAAACUUAAGCAACCUAACCACUCUAUAUCUUAAUGAGAACCAACUUUCUGGUUCCAUCCCUCAUGAAUUAGGAAUGUUAAGAUCUCUUACUGACCUUGAGUUAUCAACAAACAAUCUCAAAGGUAUCAUCCCUGCUUCUCUUGGAAACUUAAGCAACCUAACCACUCUAUAUCUUUAUGAGAACCAACUUUCUGGUUCCAUCCCUCAUGAAUUAGGAAUGUUAAGAUCUCUUGCUGACCUUGAGUUAUCAACAAACAAUCUCACAGGUACUAUCCCUGCUUCUCUUGGAAACUUAAGCAACCUAACCACUCUAUAUCUUGAUGACAACCAACUUUCUGGUUCUAUCCCUCAUGAAUUAGGAAUGUUAAGAUCUCUUAUUGACCUUGAGUUAUCAACAAACAAUCUCACAGGUGUCAUCCCUGCUUCUCUUGGGAACUUAAGCAAUCUAACCACUCUAUAUCUUCAUGCAAACCAAUUUUCUGGUUCCAUCUCUCAAGAAUUAGGAAUGCUAAGUUCUCUUAAUGACCUUAGGUUAUCAUUCAACAGUCUCACAGGUACUAUCCCUGCUUCUCUUGGAAACUUAAGCAACCUAACCAUUCUAUAUCUUAAUGAUAACCAACUUUUUGGUUCCAUCCCUCAUGAAUUAGGAAUGUUAAGAUCUCUUACUGAUCUUGCGUUAUCAACAAACAAUCUCAUAAGAACCAUCCCUGCUUCUCUUGGAAACUUAAGCAACCUAAUAGCUCUAUAUCUUCAUGAGAACCAACUUUUUGGUUCCAUCCCUCAAGAAUUAGGAAUGCUAAGUUCUCUGACUGAGCUUGCGUUAUAUACAAACAAUCUUACAGGUACCAUUCCUACUUCUCUUGGAAACUUAAGCAACCUACCCACUCUAUUUCUUUAUGAGAACCAACUUUCUGGUUCCAUCCCUCAAGAAUUAGGAAUGCUAAGUUCUCUAACUAACCUUGAGUUAUCAAUAAACAGUCUCACAGGUACCAUCCCUGCUUCUCUUGGAAACUUAAGUAGCCUAACCAUUCUAUAUCUUCAUAUGAACCAACUUUCUGGUUCCAUUCCUUCUAAAAUGAACAAUCUCACUCACUUAAAAGAAUUAACUUUAUCAUACAACCAAUUCACUGGUCAUUUGCCUGAAAAAAUUUGCCUUGGUGGAUUGCUUGAGAAUUUCACUGCAAACAAUAAUCAUUUUAUUGGCUCAAUACCAAAAUCAUUGAGAAAUUGCACCAGCCUUUUUAGAGUUCGGCUAGAGGGAAAUCAACUUACUAGAAAUAUAGGAGAUAAUUUUGGAGUAUACCCACACUUAGUAUACAUGGAUUUGAGUUAUAAUAAAUUUUACGGUGAACUUUCAACUAAUUGGGGGCAAUGUCAAAACUUGACAAGCUUGAAAAUCUCUAACAAUGAUAUUUCAGGUAGAAUAUCUCCUAAGCUUGGAGAUGCAAGUCAAUUACAUUUACUUGACCUCUCCUCAAAUAAGCUAUAUGGGGAGAUUCCUAAGGAAUUAGGUAAGCUAACAUUUUUGUUAGAGCUUAAUCUAGGCAAUAACAAAAUAUCUGGAUGCAUUCCUUACAAUUUCCGAAUGCUAUCGAAUUUGGAGGGGCUCAAUCUGUCUAGAAAUAGUCUAAGUGGCCUAAUUCCUGAACUUGGGAACUGUAAAAAUUUGUGGAUGUUGGAUUUGAGCAAUAAUCGCUUAAGCAAAUAUAUCCCAUUUCAAAUUGGAAACAUGCAUUUUCUCCAAUAUCUUGAUCUUAGCCAAAAUUUUUUAAUCGGAGAGAUACCACAACAACUUGGAGAUUUGAAAGCAUUGGAAUUUUUAAAUCUUUCCCACAAUGCUCUCUCGGGCUCUAUUCCAUCCAGUUUUGAUCAAAUGUUAAGCUUGCGAUUCAUUGAUUUGUCCUACAAUCAGUUGGAGGGUCCUAUUCCAAAUAUUAAAGCAUUUUGUGAGGCAACGUUAGAAGCAUUUAGAAAUAACAAGGGCUUGUGUGGCAAUGUCAUAGGUUUGAAGGCUUGCCCCUCUACAAUUAGCCAUAAUUCACAUGUCAAAAAGAGAAAUAAAGUUAUUAAACUAAUUUUAGUGAAUUUGGGUGUUGUCUUUCUAAUAUUUAUCAUUGUUGGAAUUACAAUAUGUUUUUGCUCAAGAAAGAUGAAGACAGAAAUUAAGCCAAAAGAAGAAGAAAAUCAAAAUAUGUUUGCAGUAUGGAGUUAUGAUGGGAAAAUGGUUUAUGAAAAAAUUAUUGAAGCAACGGAGGAUUUUGAUGACAAACAUAUUAUUGGUGUAGGUGGCCAUGGAAUUGUUUAUAAAGUUGAAUUGUCUACAGGUCAAGUUGUUGCUGUAAAGAAACUUCACCCACUCUCAGAAGAUAGUGUGGUCAAUCUAAAAUCUUUCACCAGUGAGAUACGUAGUCUAACUGAAAUACGACACCGCAACAUUGUAAAGCUUCAUGGUUUUUGCUCACAUCCACGACACUUGCUUUUAGUUUAUCAAUUCUUGGAAGGUGGGAGCUUUGAAAAGAUACUAAACAAUGAUGAAUUAGCAUUGGAAUUUGAUUGGGUUAAGAGAGUAAAUGUUGUUAAAGGUGUGGCAAGUGCACUAUCUUAUAUGCAUCAUGACUGCUCUAGUCCAAUAAUUCAUCGUGAUAUAUCAAGCAAGAAUGUUCUACUAGAUUCAGAAUAUGAAUCUCAUGUCUCUGACUUUGGCACAGCUAGGAUUAUGAGUUCUGACAAAUCUUAUUGGACUUCAUUUGCUGGCACCUUUGGAUACAUUGCUCCUGAGCAUGCAUAUACAAUGGAAGUAAGUGAAAAGUGUGACGUUUACAGCUUUGGAGUAGUCGCGUUGGAAGUAAUUAUUGGAAGGCAUCCAGGUGAUUUGAUCUCAUCAUUUCUAUCAUCAUCAUUUUCAUUAUCGUCCCAUGAUGUGCUACUAGAAGAUAUAUUGGAUCAACGUCUUGCACAUCCUACAGAUAGAGUUGCAAAUAAGGUGGUUUUAGUUGCAAAGAUAGCAUUAGCAUGCUUACACCCCAGUCCACAAUCUCGUCCCACCAUGCAACAAGUUUAUCAGAAGCUAUUAAAUUGGAAAUCUCCUUUCACAAAGCCUUUGCGCAUGAUCACAUUAAGAGAGCUCAUUGAUCUCGGAAAUUUGAAUGAAGCUUCAUAAGUGUUUACAUAUCUCAUCUUCAUUGUUCAUCUUCGACCCAUCCAAGCCCCCAUGCCUCUUGACCAAAGCUCUUCAACCCAAAUGGAAGCCGAGCUCUUUCUCUUUUUGGUGGUCCUAAAGCUCUUAAGGUCAAUCAGAACACUGGCUUCGAACUUAUCAUGGCAUCUUCACACUCGCUUUCAUUGUUUCUGACCACACAGCUCAUCGACAAGAGAAGAAUAAAAACAGGACUUCCCCUCUCCUUGUUACUAUCCAAAACAUGCAAAAAGUAAUUCGCUUAGGCCUAUGCCAAAAGUACAUCAAGACAAUUAUGCGUUGAAACUUUCUUCCAAUGGGAAUGAAAUGAAAGAAACUGAAAAGAUAAGCCAAGGAAACAGGCAAAACUGAACUACAAUGGGGAGCCUUAAUUUAAAUAGGCAGCAAUGGAGGGUAGAGGUUCACUAGUGGAGGCAUGGGAAGCAUUGCGCGUGAAUUGCCUACUUUGAUCGAUUGAGAUCCUUUUACAGCCCAGGUAGUUUUUUCUAUAUAUAUUUUAAGCUCAAGAAUUGUAACAAGUUUUACAAUAGAUGUUUGGGGUGUAGGUGAACCAAGCUUGAUAAGAUUGGAAUACAAAAAACUAGGAGCAUGCAAUUUGUAUCGAAGUUCAUGAAAAAUGAUUUGCUAUAUUUAAAAACAAAAAUUUGUAUGAAACACAUGGCUAGACUUGGACAAGC